AGAUCCGGGGUUGCGGUGCUGAGCCGAGGGGAGAGACACGAAAGGCAGCGGGCUUUCAAUUGGCUGAGACGGAAGUGUCACAUGACUCGGAGCUUCGUUAUGCGAGUGCAAAGUUCACGCCGCUACCAAAGAUGGCGGCCUCUAUUGGAGUGGCGGCUUGUCGGGCUCUGCACAGCCGCUGCCGUGGGAAGUUGUUGUCUAUAGGUCGGGGGCUCUUCAGUGGGGCGCGGUGCUUUGUCGCGGAGGGGGAGACGAACUUCGGAUUCCAGACUGUGUCGGAGGCGGAGAAAGGGGAGAAAGUUUACCGUGUAUUUGAAAGUGUGGCCAAGAAGUAUGAUAUAAUGAAUGAUUCAAUGAGUCUGGGGAUUCAUCGGCUCUGGAAGGAUAUCCUGCUGCAUCAAAUGAACCCUUACCCGGGAACUCAGCUGUUAGAUGUUGCUGGAGGGACAGGUGACAUCGCCUUUCGGUUUAUCAAUUAUGUUCGUUCCCAGUGGGAGCACCAGAUCAGACAGAAACUGAAAUCCCAUCAGAAUUUAUCAUGGCAGGAAAUCUCUAAGAGUUACGAGGAAGAGGAACUUAAAUUGCCAGGAGGCUCCCAAGUGGUGGUCUGUGACAUUAACAAGGAAAUGCUAAAAGUUGGAAAGCAGAAAGCACAACAUCUUGGCUAUUCUAAAGGCUUGUCCUGGGUGGUUGGGAAUGCUGAAGAGCUGCCCUUCAAUGACAACAAGUUUGAUGUUUACACAAUUGCCUUUGGAAUACGGAAUGUAACUCAUAUUGACCAGGCCCUUCAGGAAGCGUAUCGUGUGCUGAAACCAGGAGGGAGAUUUCUGUGUCUGGAAUUUAGUCAAGUCAACAACCCCAUUGUUUCCAGGCUCUAUGACUUGUACAGUUUCCAGGUUAUCCCUGUUCUGGGUGAGAUUAUUGCUGGAGAUUGGAAGUCCUACCAGUACCUUGUGGAAAGCAUCCGACGCUUUCCAGCCCAGGAGGUGUUCAAGGCAAUGAUUGAAGAUGCAGGUUUUCUGAAGGUGGAAUAUCGGAAUCUAACAGCAGGCAUGGUAGCCAUUCACUCAGGUUUCAAACUGUGACCCUCCUAUUUUGCAAAGCUCUUGAAGAAUAAAGGGUAUUUCCCCUGAAGAAGCUAAAAAGCUAUGCAACUCCAAAAACUUCACUGCCACAAUAGUCUGAGGGGAUGGGAAGACUUGGUCCCUCUGCAGAAUCUAAAGCUUCAGAUUUUGGGUUUCUGAAAAGUUGAAAUUAUAUUCUUACAACCCUGUCAGGACAAAGAAUCCCUCUAGCACUUAAGCAUUUAUGCUGACAAAUUACUGCAGAAGUUUCCUUGGAUCUGGGUAAGGAAUGUGGAAAAACUAGAAAUCUUUAUUAAAAUCUUAUCUUCUGUCUCUACUUACCCCUUAUUUGAGCUGCAUUGUGGUAGUAUGUUUACUAAAGUUUAGAGUGGGUAGUUUAAUUCAGUUCUUAUCACUAAACCUCCAGAGGGCUAGUCUGUAAUUUGUGCUUCUAUACCAGAAUGAGAAUGCAGGACUGAAGUGUGAUAAGUACCUUAAUAAGUUAUUAUAACCUGCUGAUAGCUUGCUAAAACAGUAUAUAAUCACUAUAGUAGUAUAAAAUAUCUAUUAAAGGAGCUUGGCUGCACUGACUUCAUAUGCCCUUAGAUAGAUCACAUGAAUCAGCUCUUAGUGCAUCAUCUAUUCUAGGACUACCACAAUUCACUAGUUUAAGUGGUUCAUGCUACAGCAGGAUAUUUAAUCUAACCAUUUGACAGACAAUGUCCAGAGAAACUACCUCAACUGGACUCUAGAUCAGAGCCACACAUAACAAGUAGAGAGAUAUUUUACUCUUCCACCUCCAAAAAAGGUAAAGGCAAGGUUUUCAAACAAGUAUUAAGUGAUUCAUUAUUCUACAGUUAUGAAUAUUAAUUGUUAAACAAGGAAGCAUACGGUAAUUGAACAUCAAAAAGCCUCAGUUGUGCUACUAUCCUCCACAGUACAGUUGUUGCACUGCUACCUCAAAUGGGGAGGUAGCAACUCCCUGCUGUAUCAAGGCUUUUAAACCAAAUCAGAGUUAUUUGCUGCUGAAAGCACUACCUUGUCUCCCCUUUAGUUACUAAUGCAGGAAAAGGUAAGAUAAUGAGGUUGGCAUACCUUUUCCAAAAGCUGCUGUAACUUUCAAGUGUAGUAAGGAGUGUAGAGCAGCAGAGACAUGAUGGCUGAGGAGUCUUUGUACUGAAGCUGGUGAAUGUCUAAGUUUUGCAAGCUGGGGCUUUACACUAGGCAUUUGAAGGAUAUAGUUCCCAGCUCAGUUAUUGCUGGCCAUCAAUAAACAUCAAGAAACUACUUGUCCUCCUCACUAACAUCUGUAGAACUGGUCCUGCUUACUGGGACUAUAGCAGCCUCUGCCAGCACAACCCUCAAGAAUCUAUGUAGUAUCUAGCAUAAUGGAAGCUCUAUCAUAGUAACUUUUUGUACAUGAAAUAGAAAUGGAUUAAUAUGUUCUAUAAAAUAGAGAAGGAAAGUGUACAGCCACUCUCAUCCUUGGACCAGAACUACAUGGUGAUAUUAUCUGUUUACAAGGCUUUAGGUGAGAAUAAGAAAAGCAACAUACAUCAGAUGGAUAAAAGUGUAGGCUAAACUCACAGGAAUUACAGCUCCAACCUAACUUUAGUAAUGGCAGUUGUACCUGUCUAUGCCAGCAGUGAACUUUUCUACACUAACAGCUUUAGAUAAAGUUUUGGGUUAGAGAAAAUAUGCUCACUUUCCAUGGAAACAAGUGAGAAGGAUUUCGUAAAGACCACAGUACAAGAAUCAAUAUAGGGAUAAGUGGGCUAGAUGGCUAUAAAACUAUUAGAAUAAACUCUUAAAGGUUGAGUAUAUCCAACAGUUUUAUUAAAAUGGAAAGCAGGUUUUUGGAAAGAAAAUAAAUACAAGAAUGAAUUUUUUGCUAUUUUUUAUAGCCACAAUGAAAACAAACUAGUACAGAGGAGUCCCUGUCCAUUACCACCACAACAAAAGGCUUGAAGAGCAAGGUGUGUUCCCUGGGGAAGGCUUAAGAUUUCAGUCUCUAUUUAGAGUUAGUGUGCAGUCCUGGAACCGGAUGCAAGUUUGGAUAGCACAGACUGUGCUCUAACCAGAUUUGAAGAGGAGAAUAGCAACUUGGCCUAGGUAGAAA